AUGUCACUGAUUCCAUACGCCCCAGCCGAGUCGCGCGAGAUUGUACUUCGCCAUGGUUCCGCCGUCGUCGUCUACGACCAGCGCUCGAAACAACUCUCCCUGCGCGAUGCUUCCCACGCAACCGACAUUGGCUCCACCUCAUGCCCUUACUGCCACCGACCCUACCGCGAACCGUCGCCGCAUUCGGAACACGAUAGCGAUGAGCCAGAGCAUGCCGUGCCAGGCAUCCCCGCGGAAAAUGGCUUCGUCAAUCCCGCCUACUUCCAAAUGCUGCGUCGGAGCCAGCCAGGCUCAACAGAGCCGUCGCGACCCUCGUCGCCACACAAACAAUUGACGCCUGCACCCAUGCGCAUGAACAGCUUUCAAGCACCAGAAGGAACCGAGUUUGUCGGGAGCACACCGGUGCAGCCUGCUAGGAGCCAGGGCAUUUCCGCUCGGGCCUUUAGUCCAAACUAUUUCAAAGACUUCUUUGUAGAAGAGCGGGAGCUGGGCAGAGGCGGCAAGGGCGUGGUUCUGCUGGUGCAGCAUGUUCUCGAUGGCGUGCAUCUGGGCAAGUUUGCAUGCAAGCGCGUGCCGGUGGGCGACGACCAUGAAUGGCUAGAGAAGGUGUUGAUAGAAGUCCAACUACUCCAGACCUUGUCCCACCAGAACCUAGUGUCCUACCGCCACGUGUGGUUAGAAGACUACCAGAUAUCCAGCUUUGGACCGAGCGUGCCUUGCGCUUUCAUACUGCAACAGUACUGCAACGGCGGCGAUCUCCAUAGCUAUAUCCUCGACUCGGCCAAAACUUCCAUCACAAAAGAGCAGAUGAAGGAGCGACUGCGGCGGAGGUCCAAGGGUCGGUUGGAGGAUCCAGAGGACGUGCAUGGUCCGCGUCGCAUGCACUUUGAAGAGAUUAUUUCCUUUUUCAAAGACAUUACGUCUGGACUGAGCCACCUGCACGCCAACGGCUAUAUCCACCGGGAUCUGAAACCCAGUAAUUGUCUACUCCAUCGAACUGGCCGUAAAGUCAAAGUCCUAGUUAGCGACUUUGGAGAAGUACAGUCAGCAUCCGGAACCAGGAAUUCUACGGGCGCGACUGGAACGAUUUCGUAUUGCGCGCCGGAAGUGCUGAGGCAAGAGAGACCGGGUGGUGCGUUUGGCAACUUCACCACGAAGAGUGAUAUCUUUUCGCUUGGCAUGAUUGUCUACUUUAUGUGUUUUGCGCGACUUCCGUAUCGGAAUGCGGAUGGUGUUGAUGAGGAUAACGAGGACCUAGACCAGUUGCGUGCUGAGAUAUCGACUUGGGCGGGCAUCGACGACGAACAACGCGUUCGAUCGGAUUUGCCUGAGAAGCUGUACAGGAGUUUGAAGAGGCUUCUUGCUAUCAACCCUGAUGAACGGCCUGGCGCAGAAGAAAUUUUACACGUGCUAAAGUCGCCUCUAGUUUUCGACGAGUACAAUGCAUCUACAUACCCCGCCCCAUCUGGUCUGGACGAGUUCAGUCCGCGCAUCUCGAGAGCUGACACACCCAGCCCGUCGCCAACCCAGGGCAACAAGAAGAGCAGGGGCGUAAACUACACACGGCCAGGACGAUCCCAUCUUAGUGCUACCGUCGUGGAUCGGUCGCCUAGUCCGUCGCGUCCAGAAUUCAUGAGGAGGCAGUCAUCAGAAGAUGGAGCCGUCAUUCUGAGGAGAGGAAGCAAGCUGGAGUUUCCACCACCGCAGCCUUCUGGAGGGAGAACGCCGAGUCCGCAACGGUUGAUGUUACCUCCACCACUACCACCCACGACAUUAGCAAGGUUCUACAGACAUGUCAAGGAUCCUGCGGUUGUCAAUGCGGCAAAGAUUGUGCUGUUUUGUGCAAAGGCCUACAGUCUGCUUUCUCCUUGUCAGCCUUUUGCAGCAGAUGCGCGAGUACUGUACCCGCUACUUUGCAUGGCGUCACUCGACUUCUUCCGUGUUGGCGGGUUAGGUGGGAUUCCAACACGCAACAUGCAGUCCUCUCCUCCCAUGAGCGAAGGGAAAGCGCGCGCUAUCAGAGAACUCUCACGCAGUCUCAGUCACAGCCCUAGAAAUAUCACAUCGCCCUCACCACCACCCAGCGACUCGAAUCCCACGCAGCGGUCGGGUUUCGGCACCAACACGUCUCAAUUCUUUGACGACCCAGACAUUCUCAUGUCCACACAACACAACAUCGCGGAAGACACCAACACACUACCGGGAUAUCCGCGGAUUCGUUCAACCGCGAAGAAGAUGAAUACUUGGGCUCCGUUCCGUUCCGAGCAGGUCCAGCCCGACACGUCCAUGGUCAACAAGGAGUUUGGCGACUUUGACCACAGCAUCUCCGACGAGGAGAGCAUGGCCAUCGAGCAGGCGCGAGGUAACCGCAGCAACCGCGGUACCCCCAGCAAGAUGAGCUCCCAGUUCAACAGCCUCUACGACAUCACACCCCCCACCAACAGAUCGCGUAAAUCAUAUCAGGCAGACACUGGCAGCCUCCGACGUGACGCGGCGAUCCGUCGCGCCUCGCGCAACGACCUGGACUACACUGCAUCGCCGCGUCCUGCAAGCAAGCGCAAUUCUCCCGCCCUCUCCACAAAGGAAAGCCGCAAGAGCACUUCACUUGCACAGCUGCACGCAAAGCUCUCCGAAGACGAGUCAUCGUUCAUGGAGCAUCGACCACCAACACUGACCAUGGAGUCCACCAAGAACACGCGCUGGGGCAACAGGAGCCGACAGACCUCUCUCCAAACCGACGGCAAUGUCGAUGCUCUUCCACAGCCAAAGGCUACACCUCGCUCAAGGCCUGCUACAGCGCAGAACGCGACUGCGCAGUCCUUCAUCUUGCCUGAUCUUCCCAAUCUCACCGAGCUCGUCUCUGGCGUGUUCGACGAUGGCACACCCGUCUUUUCCAAGACUGCACCAUCACGGUCACGUUUUGCGGCUCCACCGUACGGCGGUCGCCGACCAUCGCAUAUUCCCAUCGAUGGAGCGCCUAUACCUGACGAGGAAAAGGCCAUCUUCGCUGCUCUCCAGCAGCUGCAGGAGAAGAUUGCGGACAUGGAGCGCGAGCGUGAAGACAAAGACAAGAAGAUUGAUGAGCAAGAGCUGGAAUUGAUCGAGCUGAGAGCGACUACGCAAGCUCAGGAGAAGCUCCGGCGAAGUGACAGCGCGCAAGACUCUGACGCUGGCGGAAAAAGCGGCUGGAAGGUCGAAAAGACACGCCUUGACGCGACUGUACAGACCCUCCGAACGAAGCUCGAUCGCGCCGACCGCAAAUCCGCCGUCCUCGAAAUCGAGAAGAAACGUCUGAGCACCGAACGGGAUAACAUGGCCAAUCAGCUGGGUGUCGCGUUCCAGACUUGCGAGGAGCUCAAGAUCGAGAAGAACGCCUUGACCAAGGAAAACGAUCAACUCCGCCAGGAAAUUGACACCCUUCGCGCCGAGAACGAAUCGCUGCGCGAUCAACUCGAACAAGACUUGUCUCACCACCGAGAAGAGACGAUCCAGCUCCGCCAACAGUUUGACCAAGCCGCAAACGCAACUCAGAGGGAGAACGCGAACCUGCACGCAGAGCUGGCUCGUGUGCGCGCUCAGCAGGACGAAAACACACAGCAAUUGACUCGCAGAGACAUGGAGCUGCGCAAGGCACGUCAAGAGCACGCCGAGUACGCGAGAUUGAAGUUCGACCAUGAGUUACUCAAGGCCCAGGUUGAGGAACUGAAGAGGAAGCGCGAAGAGGAUAUCAGGCGUUGGGAGAGGCAAGAAGAGAGUUUGAGAGCAAAGGUUGGGAGGCGGGACGAUACUAUUCGGCUGUUUGAGGAUACGACGACUCAAGAGCGUACAAAUGAAGCUAUGCGUCUAGACAACGAGAAUCUCCGAAACGAACUCCGAGAACUCCAAGCCCAGCAAGACGAGGAGAAUGAGGAGUGGGCGAGGAGAGAGGCGGAACUACAGCGCAAGAUUCGACAGCGUGAGAUUGCUGUAAGGAAAGCCAGGGUAGAGAACGAUACCGAGCACAUCUUCGAAGACAAGCCUAGCUAUCGCCGCGAAGAUACACGGACGCGUAUCAGGAAUCGUGUUCAGCAGGAGGUCCGUAACAGCAAGAUUGCCAGCCAGGAAAGCCCACGGAAGUCGUUCACCGGACAUUCGAGGUUCUCAACUCGCAGCUUUUCCGCAUCUGUCCCAGCCGAUAAGCAUGCGCACGCAGAGAGCGAUGUAGAAUCUACCACCGAUCUUUCUCUUGCGCCACGCUCCACUCUGCGUAUCUCACGAAACCCUGCUUCUUCUGCUAGGCAGACGACGAUGACGGUUCAACCCCCCACUGAUCUGAGCCUCACGGAGUUGAGCUUCUUCCCCCAGGAGGAAAUUGCGCGGUUGAGGCGCGAGCUGGAGGAACAGCGUGCGAAUGAGCGGGCUGGUAAAACUCAAACUGGAGAGCAGAUGAGGGAAGACACUGUGAGGAGUCAGCGACAGACUCGCGAGGAUACAGGGCGGUCUGUGGCAAGUGCAAAGAGCACAUCGCAUUCGCGUCGACCCUCUCUCGUACGCAAGUCUAGCCUCAAAGACACCACACAGCGCACCACCACCACGCACUUUGACGAAGACACAGGCAAGCUGUCCCAUGCAGAUACCGCCGCCGACGACGCCGAUGCCGAAGCAACGCAAACUCGCCAGUCAGCCAUGUCUGAUGCUUCGAUGCUCAGCAACACUGGAAGGCGAAGGCGGAGCGCGCCUGCCACGGAAAUGACCAGUGCGUUUAUCCUACCGGAUAUCAAACUUGCUUCUUCCACUACUACCGGAGUGAAAACACACACUACUGCUACUACCACCAAGCCCGUCAUCAGCAAGGAACACGACAAUGACAAUUGCACCGUGUGCCGCCGCGAGGGUUACACGACGGCUACUGCUGCUCUCGUUGUACCCAAGUUGGUCAAAGUGUCGGAACGCUCAACCGCCGAUGAAACAGAUGCUACGAUGCGGCCCGUGCAAUCACCAAGGGAGGCUCUGGCAACGGUUGUCAAGGGACUCAAUGAUGAGCGCAUACACUUGACUGCCGAACUAGCCGUUCAGCAAGCUAUGCUGAGCGAGCAUGACCCUAGUCUGGGUAAGAGACGCCGCGCGGCUAUCGACGUCAGUAUCCAAGAUUUGUUGCGCAGGCUAUCUUGGUUGGACCAGCAGAUUUACAGGCUGCAUGAUGUGCUCGAGGGACAGGAAGAUGUUACUGAGGAGGAGGUUGAAGAGCUUACUAUCCAAGCUGUUAAUAAGGCUGCCCCUGCCCCUGCCCCUGCUGCUGCUGCUGCUCAGAAGGAGAAGAAGAAGAAGGUUACUAUUCGGAGCUUUGUGUCUGAACAUGAAGUCUCGGACUGCGAUCAUCACGGUGAGGAUGGCGGUGAUGAGAGUGUCGAGUUUAGAAGAGGUGGUCGAGGCAAGACAGAUGAGGAGAGUGGGGAUGAGGAGGAGGAGCGUUCGCUGGAGUUGCCGUGGGAGGGGUUUGGGGAUGAUGGGGAGAGUUUGGGCAUGGAGGGGGAUGUUAGUUUUAAUGCGCUCGCGGGGUGGAGGGGUGUACAUUAG